AUGGCGGGUCGAAACUACAUAGCCCCACGUGGGUUAAAUCUCCGCCCAAAUCAACAAAGCUCUCUUCACCGCCUCCCCCCACCGGACGCCCCGGCCAAUUUACUCGAGGAGCGCGUCAUUGCCCAGAGCCGCGAUAUCGAACUCCUCCUCUUGGACAACCAGCGCCUGGCCAACGCCCACGUGUCGCUCAAACAGGAUUUGGCCGCCGCUGAGCAAGACAUCCACCGUCUCACAGCCACUGCCGCCUCCGUCAAGGCCGAGAGGGACGCCCAGGUCCGUGAGGUCUACGAGCGGUCCCUUAAAUUGGAGGCAGAUGCCCGUUCCGUUAAUGGGCUUGUUGCUGAGGUGGACCAAGUCAGAGCGAAUAUCGAGGAACUCCGGGCGGAGAGAAAGGAGCUCGCUCAGAAGUUGAAGGACAUUGAUGUCGAUCUUGCAAAGACCCAAUUGGAGUUGCAGCAAAUGGCUGCCGUCAAGGCUGAGACUGAAGUCCUGCGCAAAGAAAUCCAGCGAGGAAGGUCUGCAAUUGAAUAUGAAAGAAAGAUGCAUAGCAAUAACCUUGAACUAAGUGAAGCAAUGGAGAAGCAUAUGAAAUCUAUGGCUCAGGAAAUCAACAAAUUGCGUCCUGAACUUGCCAAUGCAGAAAAAAAGGCAAUGGCAGCAGCAGCGGCUGCGGCUGCAGCUGUGGCUCAAGGUUACCCGAAUCUUGAAACUGGAUAUGGUGGAAAUUUUGGUCCUGGUCCUUAUGCGGCGCAUCAGGUACAGGGUGGUGUUGCUCCUGCUUUCCAGUAUGCUCCUCCUCCUGUACCAGUAGUACCUCAUGGUCCACCUGCUCCUUAUGAUAUGCAACAGCAACAGCAAGUAUAUAGAUAG